UCAUUAUUUCUGUCGGACGAUUUCUCCCCCUGCCCUGUAUCAGGGACUUGUGAAUGACAGCCAAUCGGAGGCUGUGCCCUUUCCUUCAGCCUCCCUGACAUACACACAGAGAAGUGAUGCUGCCUACGCGAAAAAGCUAAACGCAGUUGAGGUACAGCCUUGAAGCUCUUUUGGAACUGCUGCAGUGAACGAAAGGAUACACUUCGCUCUCAUCUCACCAACUACCCCUUCGCUAUCGUAGGAUUUCUUUAACUGAAUAAGAACUCCGGUGGCAGAUACUGGCUGGACCUGGGCCCCAAUGACAGACUGACAGCCCGUGCUGCUACUGCGGACCUACACCCAGACCUGGAGGAGUGACCCAAUGACGAAACUUCUGACUAAAGUCCACUGACCACUUCACACUAACACCCAGAGGGAGUAGAACAUCUAGCUGAGUGAAGCCAUGUUGAGAGGAAGAACUGUACUUCUCCUGCUGGUCCUCUGGGCAUACCUGUGUUCCCAUGGGGACGGACUGCGAGCCCUGAGGAGGACUACAGGGGGGAGGCGGGGUGGCGCAGGGGUGGGGUUGACGCUGAUGGGACAGGACGCUAAUGGAGUGCCUCUGAGACGCUCCAAACGAGGAUGGAUGUGGAACCAGUUCUUCCUACUGGAGGAGUACACAGGGAUGGAUCACCAGUAUGUUGGCAAGCUCCACUCAGACGGGGACAGGGGUGACGGUAGCAUACGAUACGUCCUGACCGGUGAUGGAGCCGGUAGUCUGUUCGUCAUCGAUGAGAACUCUGGGGAUAUCCAUGCCACUAAGAGAUUGGACCGGGAGGAGAAGGCCUACUACACGCUCCGGGCCAAGGCCGUCAACAGAAUCACUAACACCUCUCUAGAGGGAGAGUCAGAGUUUAUCAUCAAGAUUCAUGACAUUAACGACAAUGAGCCCAAGUUUACCAAGGACCCUUACUUCACAGAGGUACCUGAGAUGUCCCCACUGGGCACGGUGGUGACGCAGGUGACCGCUACAGACGCUGAUGACCCUACAUAUGGUAACAGUGCCAGGGUGGUCUACAGCAUCCUGCAAGGACAGCCAUACUUCUCUGUAGAGCCCAACACAGGUGUGAUCAAGACAGCCCUGCCUAACAUGGACAGGGAGACCAAGGAGAACUAUGUGGUUGUGAUCCAGGCUAAAGACAUGGCUGGACAGAUGGGUGGGUUAUCAGGGACCACCACAGUCAGCAUUACCCUCUCUGAUGUCAAUGACAACCCACCACGCUUCCCAAAGAGUCUGUAUGAGUUCAAAGCUCCCGAGUCGACAGAACCGGGCUCGACAGUGGCCGUGCUGCGAGCUACGGACGCUGACAUCGGCAGGAACGCUGAGAUGAACUACCGAAUCACCAGCAGCGACGGCCCCUCCAUGUUCGACAUCUCAACCAAUAGGAGCACACAGGAUGGUGUCAUCACCCUCAGGAAGUCUCUGGACUUUGAGAGGAAACGGUCCUACACUCUAAGGAUUCAGGUGGAGAACUCCAACCCUGACCCUCGGUUCCUGCGCUAUGCGGCAACCACGGACGGGGCGACGGUCAAACUGAUCGUGGAGGAUGUAGACGAGCCGCCCGUGUUCGACCGGGUCGGCUAUGUCAUGGAGGUCAAAGAAGACGUGGCAGUAGGCACAAUCAUCGGAUCAGUCAGCGCCACAGAUCCAGACAGCAGCCGCAGUCCCGUCAGGUACUCUAUUGACCGGCGUACAGACAUGGACAGGGUGCUCAACGUGCACCCAGGUAACGGCUCAGUGUUCAUGCUGAGGACUCUGGACAGAGAGGACAUCGCCUGGCACAAUGUCUCUGUUAUUGCCACUGAGUUCAACAACCCACGGCUGAUGAGUCGUGUACCAGUCUAUGUUAGAGUACUGGACGUUAAUGACAACGCUCCUACGUUCGCCACUUACUACGAGACAUUUGUCUGUGAAAACGCCAAGGCUAACCAGAGGAUUCAGACAGUAAGUGCUGCAGACGCUGACGAGCCUAUUGGUGGACACAGGUUCUUCUUUAGUCUGGCGCACGAGGCUUCUGUGAAAGCCAACUUCACCGUCAGAGACAAUAAAGACAACACGGCAGGUAUCCUGACCAGACGAAACAGCUACAGCCGGCUACAGAGGAGUAACUAUCUGGUUCCCGUGGUGAUCUCGGACAGCGACUUCCCCAUGCAGAGCAGCACCAACACCCUGACGGUGCACGUUUGCACCUGCGACCGCGAGGGGAACAUGCAGCUGUGUAACCAGGAAGCUCUGGUCCUCACCGCAGGCCUCAGCACUGGAGCCCUCAUGGCCAUCAUCUUCUGUGUCCUCAUACUGCUCAUGAUUGUGGUGCUGUUCGCUGCCCUGAGGAGGCAGCAGAGGAAGAAGGAGCCUCUGAUCAUCUCCAAAGAGGAUGUGAGAGACAACGUUGUCAGCUACAACGAUGAAGGGGGCGGAGAGGAGGACACCCAGGCCUUUGAUAUCGGCACGCUGCGCAACCCAGAGGCCACAGAGGAGAGCAAACAGCGCAGGGACAUUAAGCCCGAGACCCUGCAACCUCCCAUCCGUCGGACUGUGAUCCUUCCCCCGGCCCACAGGGACAACGCGGACGUCAGGAACUUCAUAAACCAAAGGCUUCAGGAAAACGACCAGGACCCCACCGCACCGCCCUACGACUCCCUGGCCACCUACGCCUACGAAGGGAGCGGCUCGGUUGCUGAGUCCCUUAGCUCCCUGGGCUCCAUGACCAUAGAGGGAGACCAGGACUAUAACUACCUGAGCGAGUGGGGACCCAGGUUUAAGAAACUGGCUGACUUGUACGGGGGAGAGGACAGUGACAGCUGCAGGGAUUCCUAAUGAGAGAGAAGGGGCUCGUAAGAGGGGAGCUAAAGGAAAACAUACAACAAACAAACAAACACUCGCACACUAGCGAAAGUGAACUUAACUCCUGGUACUUUGUGAAAGUGGCAAACAAUAGAACAAAACAAAGAGGACACAAACAGACACGAGGCAGUGUCUUACCGUCGUUGAUCACCGUUGAUGUUUGACCUCUCUGGAGGACUAGGAGGAAGAAGAUAAGCUAUCCUGUCAGUAUUUAGUGGUCUUUCUCUUUCUCUGCUAGGCAGCAGGGGACUCCUGAGGAAAAGAGUUGUUGUACUUUACUCUGUACACCAGGCCCACAUACACAGUAUCUCUAUAUACAAACAAACUUCUACUCUUUUCUUUUUCAAAAGCUUCCUGCAAUGGAGGGAGUAACAGCAAGCGGUUUUGUGGUGGACUUGAUAGACAGACAACGCCUAUUCAUUUUUCAGUGUUUCUGGGACAAAAAAAAAGCUGCAUUUUGUGAGUUCUAUCGUAGCUUGUGUGUGCGUAUCCGUAAAUCGAUACGAUACAUUGUACAGUUAUGUUUUGUUUUCAGGCUUCUAGCUUCCCAUCCACCCUCUUAUA